GAUAAUGUAGGCCAAGUGAUACAUUUGUCGAUAACGCUGGAUACUCCGCCGCAGAUGUUCGAACCAAGCACAUAUUUGAAUACACAUACGCCGACACCAAUCACAUCCUUUCUUACCGCGAACUACAGAGCCCGAGCUUCAUCCAAAGUCUUCAAAAGGCGAUCGCGGAAGUCGAAGACAUCGACUGAAAUGGAAGGCGGUGGUCGCCCCAGGAAGCUAUCGUUGAAGAUUAGGGAGGAUUUGGAGGAAAGUUUCAAUCGCGUGAUGGAUCAAGAAAGGGAGCUUCGUGACAAGGCCCGCUCGGUUGCUGAUUUUAAUAAAUGGGAAGGCCUGCAGGCUGGCCCUGCCUACGAGACGGAUUUAUUCAAGAAAUUGUUGAUAGCAUGCUGCGAUGGCUGCCAAAGGAGGGCAAAAAUCUUGGAGGAGGAAAGUCGGGAAGUAGCGGAGGAAGAAGAGCCGGAUGAAUCGGAUGAUGAGAAUGCAUUCGAGUGCGGUGAACAGGACAAGGAAGAUAUCCAUGAGACAUUGGCAAACAUGUUUUUUACGAAAGUAGCCCUGCCAGAGAUGGAAUACGUGGAAGAUUUUGCCGAUUUCCUGAUUAGUGCCGAACUGCACAGCUUACCGGUGUUGAAGCGAGCCUGUGAAGGCUAUUUGUGUAGCGAGCUCUAUUCCAAGAAAGAUUUGAUAGCCUCGCUGCUGCUGGAUCUACUUUUCCUGUCAAUUGUGUUCGAUUUGCCACUGAUGAAGUCGAUGACUCUUUCCGAGCUGUCCAGUCGGCCGGAGGAGCUUGCCCAGCCGGAUGCAUUGCUGGAGCUUGAUGAAUACAAGAAUCUAGAUCGCCGAAUGAUGAAAAUGAGUGGAAGGAGUCUGGUGGAGCUAAUUGAGGAAGUGCAACGAUUCCGGGAGCAAAGGCUACGCACGCAGUCGCUUGAAAUCAACUAA